AACACGUCAACAGUCAGUGAGAACCCACGCGAGCUUAGAUCGAGAUCUAUUAUAUUAAAUAAUUUAUUUAAUUAUUUAUUUAUUAAUCAUUAAUUUAAGUAAUUACUGAAAAUGGCUUCGAUUCUCUCAACAUUUUCAGUUCUCAAAGAUCACGUUAAAUUAAAAUUCUCUGAAGAUAACGCAGUUAUUGAUAAUAUUGUUUUCCGACUUCAUUAUCGUGCUACUUUUCUUAUACUUGUUGCUAGUUCAUUACUUGUUUCAUCACGACAAUUUAUUGGUGAACAUAUCAAAUGUAUCAUUGACCAAGGAUCAUUGCCGAGUCAUGUGGUGGAUACGUUUUGUUUUUUCACAUCAACGUACACUGUUUCUAAACACAUGAAUAAAACACUAGUCGAACUAGGACACAUACCUCACCCAGGUGUUGGACCAUUCACCAAAGACGAUGAAAUAACACAUCACGCUUAUUAUCAGUGGGUUCCAUUCGUUUUAUUUUUCCAAGCAAUACUCUUUUAUAUUCCACGUUAUCUUUGGAGAAACGCAGAAGGUGGACGAUUAAAAAUGUUAGUAUCAGGAUUACAUUUAGCAACGCUAGCACUACAUGAUGAAAAAAUGGAAUUAGAUGGCGGAAAGACAAUACCUUCUAAACGUGACCGUGAAGAAAAAAUUCAGCAAAUAAGAACAGCAUUUUUGAACAGGCUCCAUAUAAACAGACCAUGGGCAUAUUAUAUGAGUUUUUGUGAGGUUAUUAAUUUUACAAACGUACUUGCGCAAAUUUACAUAACUGAUGCAUUUUUGGGUGGCGCAUUUUUAAAUCUGGGUAUCACGGCUACAAGCGCGGACUAUAAUUACAAUGACAAAAUGAAACCACUCGAUAUUGUAUUUCCCAAGGUAACUAAGUGUGCAUUUCAUAAAUAUGGAGCCUCUGGAACUAUACAAAAACACGACGCACUCUGUGUAAUGGCACUGAAUAUCGUUAAUGAAAAAAUAUAUAUUUUCCUAUGGUUUUGGUUUAUUAUAUUAGCAAUCAUUUCGGGCCUUGGGCUCGUCUGGCGGAUGUUAACAAUGCUAUUACACUCAAGAAGUAAAGCAUUCAAUCGUUACAUAUUUUCAAUAGCCUGCCCUGGUAAAUAUAAUCCAUGGAACGUUUUAAAACUGACCCACGACUACUACUUCGGUGACUGGUUAUUUCUUUAUUACAUCGCUAAAAAUUUAGACAAUUAUGUUUUCAAAGAAUUGCUCGAAAAAUUAGCGUAUGAUUUAGAAGAACGAAAAGCUGAGCGUAUGAGAUAUUUAAAAAGUUUAUCGCCUGAAGAACAACCUCUUAAGCAGGCUUAAUUUAUAAUCAAUGUUUACAUUUAUUAUUAUUUUUUUUUUUACAUAUCUUAGUAUUUUUUUAUUUAUCGUACAUUCAACUCUAGUCUUAUGCAUUUAUUUUUAAUUAAUUAUUCGGGAAGAUACAGUGCCGGGGGGGGGGGGGCAAAUUUUGAUAAAAAAAAAUUUUUUAGCUUAGAUGUUUUAGAGCGAAAUAAAGCAUUUGGGAUAAAAUGGGUCAAUGAAAAAAUUUGAGAAUAACAAAAAAAAUUCGUGGCGGGAUUUUUGCCUAGGAAAUUUUUUAAAAAUUAUGUAGGAUAAUUGAAAUCCACAAAAAUUAAUUACUCGCUUAGAUACCGCUCUUCUAUAUAUUAAAUUACGUGGAAAAAAAAUUUUCCUGACCAUAAUAUAAGAUUACUUGCGGUAACAAACAUCUGUCUUGAUACACGGACAUAAUAACGAAUCGCUUGGAUGAUAAUUUUUAAAUUUAUCAUAAACUACGCACACUUGUUUUGUUAAAUGGCUUAUUUAUAAUAUGAUCUAGUAACGUAGAAAAAUGAACAGAUCAUUAAAUUUGGUCAAUAAAUAUUUUCCCGCCGAAAUUACGGUUUUAGGCCGGAUCACUAUAAGUAAGCGACUAGUCAGCUCAUUGUAAUUUUUCUUACGGGAAUAGCGAAUUAAUUUUUUAAAAAUAUUGGAUUUGAUGUCACUUAUGAUUGUAAUUUUUUACUGAUGCUAAAAAUAUAAAUAAUACUAACUUUUGUUAAACGUUUGUUAUAACGAUCAGUUUAAUUUCCGUACUUAAAAUUUUAUUUUUAACGAUAACUUUUAUUGGAAAUUUAUUAA